GUUCGCUGAUACGCUGUACCAUCCUUCGGGGACUUGAAAGAUGGGAGCACGAAAUGACAGCAGUGCAGUCGUCGAUCCGAGACUCAGAGUCAUCGGGGUGAAAAGGUUGCGAGUUGUAGACGCCUCUAUUAUGCCAAUUAUCGUUAACGGCCACACCAACGUGCCAACCAUAAUGAUCGGUGAGAAGCUUGCCCAAAUGGUCAAGAAGGAUUGGGGAUACUUAGAAUAAAUG